CCGCUCCUGCUGGAGGCGGAUCCAGGGUUGCUGGGAAUCUGGGCUUCCGGGUGGAGAGCGUCCAUUCAUCCAGGGCAGCCACUGAUCUUGAGACCAGGGAGAUGUGCCUGCGUCCCGCUAGACCGGUAGAGAAGGGGCAAGCGCCUAGGCCCGGUGUGCACCCUGCCUGAGUGCGCGCUUAGCACCUCCUGUGGGUAUACUGCAGCCCGGGGACAGCGACGUUGCUGUGAGAAGCCCACGUGCCCAAUAUGGCAGAGACUAAAGACCCCGUUCAGCUUCGGCUCCUUAGCCUGGAGCUCCUGAAGCAGCUCUGGGCUGGGCACGAGGCCAUGUGUCGGUCAGUGGCCAGAGCAGCCUCCGAGUCAAACGUGGUUUGUAGCGGCAACAACUUAGAGAUGCCACUGUCCCAAGGGACUUCUUCUGCUUCCUCAGUCGCCCCCAGCUCACAGGACAAAAGACACACGUGGGACCCACUGGGCAGUCAUCGAGGUGACACAUUUGAUGUGGCCUGUUACGGGAAGGUCAGCUCCAGGAUGGACUGUCUCCCACCUGCCACCUGCCUACACCAGGAGCCCCAGGAAGGACUACAGCCCCCUUCAGUACCCUUGCCAGCCACCCAAGGCCUGAAGCGGCCGGUGUCUUUGGGAGGACCAAAAGGCCUGGGACCCGACAAGACACAGGUCCCACGGUCCAUCCUGUCACGACUAAGCGAGCCAUCUAAGUGCAAAGUGACCUCCCAGGGGUCUGCAAUGCCUGAGAGCACCUGGCACCCUAGACCCUCCCUAGGCUAUGAUUGGAUUGCAGGGACCCUGGACAAUAGCUCUCCGGUCACGAGUGAACCCGAGGCCUUCUUCUCUGUGCUGCAGAGGUUUCGAGAAGAUAACAAAGAGGAUUGUGUUUGCAACUCUCCCGAAGCUGUGUUCCCAGACCUGCAUGAGAGCAAUGGUGUGGAGAAGGACCACGAGUGUGUGUACUGUUACCGGAUCAACCGCCGGCUGUUUCCUGAGCCUGUGGAUCCGGGUGCCCCUUGCCUUGUGUGUGGGACACCCCGGGAUGAGAAGGGCCCUGAAACUCUGGUGGAGCCAGUGCAAGUCAGGGUGAGCAUCCCUCUCUCCAUCAUGGGCCCUCCGCACCGGUAUCGAAUUCAUAGAAGGAAGAGCUUUGAUGCAUCCGACACUCUAGCUCUGCCUCGGCACUGUCUGCUGGGCUGGGACAUCCUACCUCCAAAAUCAGAGAAAGCCUCUGUCCCCAAGAGCCUGGACCUCUGGUCUUCCAUGUCCUAUGGAACAGCGCAUUGCCAACAUCUCUCCGACACAAGCCUAUCCUGUCAGGCCUUGCCAACACGGGUCCCAACGCCUAUGUGGUCAGAGCCUCAGGUUGCCCGGCUCUGAGCCUCCCACUAGAAGCCCUGUGGACUGACUACCCAGAAGGCGACAGAAUUCUACCAGUGCCAUCAAUCUCCCCUGAGGAGAAGCACCUGAGAUCUGGAAGUGGCCAAGAUGGAGGUGGCUGAGCUGUCUCUCCUUGGUUGUCCCUUCUGUCUCCUGAGAUAUUGAAAGUGGGAAUUCCAGAACAGGGGGGAGAGAGUGCUAUGAGUAGUGUGCUAAUAAAACUCAGGGCCCUA